CACGACUGUUGCGAGUACAUCGCAUCCCGGUAUACUAAACCCAAUGAACGUGUGGUAUUGCCCAGUCGUGGCGCCGCUAACUCAUCGUCUCAACGCGACGCGUCUGUCACUAUCACAUAGGUCCCCACGUGAGGUGGUCCACGGUAACUCGAAACUCGUUCUCCAGCACACGAUGUCGUCUUUUAAUGCCACUUAAUUCGAGAUCGUAAAACUUGUUGGACAGUUUUAUAUUCUCCGGUCACGUGCCAGCGUUUAGUGUUGUGUUUAUUGGUCUAUUAGUGUCUUCGUCGAAUUUAUGACUUGACUUAUUUUUUGUGGUAUACGCUAUGUAAGAAACUGGAGAAUUGAACUAUCGGAAAAAAAUGAGUUCUUAUCAAUUCGUGAAUUCUCUAGCUCAGUGCUAUGGACAGCAAGGCAGAUCCGGCGAGCAGGCCCAUCAAGGCGCCAGUCCAGGAGGUGAUUAUUACAACCCGAACGCAGCAGCUGCUGCUAAUUACCCUCCGGCAUGUUACUCGCCACCGCAGGUUGGUCCGCAAUACACUCCUCAUCCUUACGCUACUCCUGCACCAGGACACAGUCUUCAACCGACCAUGGGGGAUUACACCCAAUUGCAACCUACUCGAAUGCCAGGAGGUACCAACGCGCACCUGCACCAUCCUAGUCCUGGCGGGCAAAGUCCCGGAAUGCUAAAUCCUCCGGCAGCUAGUUGUAAAUACGCCGAUUCCACAUCUUCUACAGGCGUAGCUUCGCCGCAGGAUCUUAGCACCAGCGGCCCUCCAGCUCGGGCUACGCCACCGUUAAACAGCGCUCAGGCGAGCAACAAUUCUAACGCGACUAUUACUUCGAAAAGUUCCGGUUUAACGUCCCCUCUAUCGGUCAGUACAUCCCCUAGUGCAAAACCGCCCACGGGCUCCUCGACGGCUUCGCAGAAUCUUUCCUCUCCAGCAUCGAGCACCAGCUCGACGUCGAGCAACGAGAAAUCCGGAUCUAAUAAUAAUAGCAAAGGGGGUUCGCAGAAUCCGCCGCAAAUUUACCCGUGGAUGAAGAGAGUUCAUCUUGGUCAAAGUACGGUGAACGCAAAUGGUGAAACCAAACGGCAAAGGACCUCUUACACGAGGUAUCAAACGUUAGAAUUGGAGAAGGAAUUCCAUUUUAAUCGCUACUUGACGAGGCGAAGGAGGAUCGAAAUAGCUCACGCGCUGUGUUUAACGGAACGUCAAAUCAAAAUUUGGUUCCAAAAUCGAAGGAUGAAAUGGAAAAAGGAGCACAAGAUGGCCAAUUUCCACCUGGCUUCCCUCCAGGACGAAGGAUAUGCAUUCCACCAGGCCAUGGGGAUGGGAGGUAUGGGAGGUAUGCAGCGCGGUCUCUACGCCUGCGGUAGUCCCUACAGCUAGCCCUGGGCCACCUAUAACGGAGACUGCGGCCCCUCGUAGGGCGAAUUCGGAUCUUGGGGCAGUCUUCGAAUCGUGGUAACGCGUCGGAUCAUGUCGUGGAUUAACUAGAGAACUCCCGCGUUAAAUUAGCAGGAACUGGCUGUUGUUGAUUUAUGCAACUUGGUUAUCGAAAUAAUUAAAUUAUACUCGAGGAAUUAAAUGCAAUUUUUUUGAUCUUGCUAUUUAACAGUUAUAUUUGAUGUUGGGUUAAUGCAUGUAGGAACUUUUUUUCUUAUUUUAUUUUGAUGCUUAAUUUUUAUUUCAUCUUUUACGAAAAAAUACACUGUGAUAACCGUCAAAUUAAUUAAAAUAUGACUUAUCAAUUUCAUUUAAAUGUUAACUUACUUGACCUGGUUACAUAAAAAGUUACUGAGAUAUUAAUUAGUUACUAAUUAGCGUGUUGUUUUAUUAAGCAACUAUAAUAUUAUGUAGGUAUUUCAGAAUCUCAACAUUUGGAUCACGCUUAUAAAUAAAUUAUUUUAUAUUCAUUAUAUUAAUGAAUUGGUUGAAAAACAACAUUUUCUGCUGAUUUAAGGAGGGUUUUCUGGUGAAAUUUCGCAGUAAGAAAACGUGAAACGUCGCGAAAUACCACGAUUAACAAUAUUAAUUAGUGCCAAUAAACGUUAAGACGUGCGUUGGUUAAAAAAUGUGUAAAGCUGUGAAAAGGAAAUAGUAAAAUUUCUCAGCUCUCGUAUAUUAUUCUACAGUCAAGCUAAAUUAAUAAGAAUCGGACGAAAAACAAGAUGUAUCGAUAAUGCCGUUUUAUAAAUAUGUCAAUAACAAUAUUAUUUUUACAGAUUAUUGAUAAAUAAAUUAUUUUUAUUUCGUUGAAUUACAUAACCAGAAAAAUUAUCGACUAACAAAAAAUAUUUUAAUUAAAUUAAAUUAAUGGUGUUACAUAAAUCAGAAUUGUUUGUUUAUUGUAAGCAUCAAUAAUCAGAGACAAAAAUUUUCCGAAUAUUAAGUCGAAUAAUAUUAAAAUUAUAAUUUUUAUUAUUAAUUUAUUAUUUCAAUACAAUGUAUGUACCUAUCUGAAAACUGUUUUAACCAAUCAUCGUUUUGGUUCUAAAAAAAUGGAAUUAAAAUAAUUGUGCAAUAUUGUUAAAAAAUAUUAUUUUGAAUAACGUUGUUAAAUUGAAUCUUAUUCGAUUUUUAUAGUUUCUUUAAUAUUCAUAAAACUACAACUAAGCUCAUUUUUAUUAAUUGAUAGUUCGAGAAAAGAAACAAGUGUGAUUAUAUACUGAUAAGGAUAAAGUGUACAUAUACUAGUUUACCUAUCCUGUAAAUAUACUGUCAUGGUUUAAAAAUAAAUUAUUACUUAAUUACGUACUGAAUGAAUGAAUAUUGAUAAACUGUAAAUAAAGCAAACUCGCAAUGGAAUGCAUCAUUAAGGAAAGACAUUUAUUCGAAUGACUCAUUGUUGCUAAAAAUUGCAAUGAAAACGUUAUUUUUAAAUUUUACUUCAUCAGCCCAUUAAAAUAUAGGUAGAUAUGCUUUUAAAUUUUGUACUUCGUAUUUCUAAAAUUUGACAGUACAACAUCAGUAUCAAUUGCUUCAACUUAUCCAUAUUCAAAAAGAAUAGUAAAAGUAAAAACGUCAAAUAAAAUUCUUUAAAAAUAAAAAUAAAAUAAUUGUUCUAUUCUUAGUGAUGCAAUGAUUUCUUGUUUACAUAUACCUCAUACUACACAUUUUAAGGUGUAAUAAUCAUUUCAAUCGACAUAUUUUUUCGAUUUCCGCAUAAACUCACAUAAUAAAAUUUAAUAUACAAAAGAAAACAGUAUUUAUACAAGUUACGUAAGGUAUGAUAAUGAAGCGCCGUACUGAGGAUUGUAAAAUUGUAAUAUAGUGUUUAUAUCGUUAGUUCCACAUUGUUUUUUUAUUAUUUUGUUCAAUUUAUUUAUGUAGGCGUAAUGUUUGUAUGUGUGAAACAUGAAGAGUUAGAAUGUACAUCUUGAUAAUAGUUACUGUUGUAAUUGUCCAAUCUGAAUAAAAUUAUUAAUAGA